UAUGGACAAACAAUGACAGAACCUAAAUCGGUUCUAAGUUUCAAUAUAACGAUGUCAUAUUUUUCAUUGUUGUUCAAAUCAAAGAAAUACGACAAUGGCGGGCUGGCGGGAUCUAUCCCGAAUAAUCUGACACAAAUCGAGGAGACCACAAAACAUAUUAGUUUCAAAACAAACUUCACGGUGUACAUGCGACAGCUCUGCCCUGAUGGGACCAGCGUUUCGAACUUCUUCAUACAUCUAAGUCCUCAGCAGGCCAUACCCAGAGUCAUAUGCAAUACGAUAGCCGGCUUCACGGCCGGAAUUAUCAUGACGUACUUUUGCUACUCGUUUUUGGUUUAUCAGCUGUCCCUGUCGUUGUUUCACGCGACCGUCAUUAGUUCGGUUGUCGGUGUGUUGCUGACCAUGGGCCUGGGCUUUAGCUAUAGGAUUAGAUGUCUAACGUUUUUGCUCAUACCACAAAUGUUCUCGAGGGCUGGACGGUACACGUUGACUUGUUAUGCUCUCGUACUGAUUCUGACUGGUCCAGCCGCAAAUACCUUGAGGAAUGCCGAAGUAUUAACCGAAUCAAUGGCUUGCAGUCAGGAACAACUGAAAAUGGCUGUACGAUAUUUCGAUUGCUUUCGGAAACCUAGCAACGUGUUGAGAGAGAGCAUCGAUCAAAUAAUGAAUAGAAUGCAAAAUAUAACAAACGUUGUGGUCGAAUCUGUUGAUAAAAUCAACAAAUUGAUGUUCUGCAUAGUCGACUCCUUGCGCUCAUCCGUGUCAUGGUUGGAAUCAGAAGCGAAUUAUUGCAAUGAAAAGCUUGGAACGCCUCACAGGCGAUGUCUUGAGGCAAUGAAGAAGAAUGCGAACGAAUACAAAUUCAUUGAUGCGAAUAUUUGUGAGAAUUUAAGGAAUGUUCAGAAUUUAUGUGACGUUGAGGAUUCCAUUGAUGAUUCUGUAUUAGCUACUAUUAAGAGAAGAAUGAGAAAGUUCUCGGAACGCGUUCGGGUCAUGCUCAAAACGAAUGUGGACCUCCGUCACGUGUAUUCGGUAGCGAACAACGCUAGUCUGACGGCGAGUCAAGUCGCUGCCGGCAUCGUUACAGAGAUGAGGAACAAAGCUGAUCCUUUAUUGACUUGGCUGUCCUGGAGCUCGUUUGUGACCAGCCUAUUCUUAUUGUUAAUUAUCAUCAGAGCAAAAUACUAUCAGAACAUGUACGAAACAAGAUCUAGAUUCGACAACAGGUAUAUAACAAAGGAACUGCUUGAAAUAGAUUCAAAAAGAAGACAGGAAGGAAGGAAAAACGUUCUACCGUUGCAUAGGCGUGAGAGAGAUAAAUAUAUCGCCACGACUUCGCUACGAUUGAUGCAAUCAGAAAAAGUAAAUUGGAAUCGUUCAGUUAUUUUCAUGAUAAUAACAACAUUCAAGCUAAUGAUUCAUAUAACAGCGGAUUACAGUUUAUAUUGGGUGUUAACGUUAAUACGUCAUCAUGAGAGUCGUCAGACGCCAGUCGAAGAAAGUAUAACAGAUCUGGGAAUAAAAGUCUUUGGAUCAGGAUUCGUAGCCAGAUUCCUAAAGUCUAUAUUGGAUGCAUUAUGUAUUCCAUUGCAUCCUCCCGUUUCUGUGCCUUCAUCGUGCUUGCCAAGUCCACAUCCACCGGACUUCCGACGAUAUAUGCAGAUUGGUUUCUUGAUAUUGUUGCUUUGGUUUUUCGCACUGUUUGAGCCGUAUGGUCUUCGGUUGCGGCACAUGAUAAUGGCUCAUUACCGACCAGAAAGGGCUGAGGCGAGGGCGAUGUGGCUUUACAAUCACUUGCUGAGAACUCGAGGUACUUUCAUAAAGUUUGCAAGACGGAAAUUACACAAGGAACAUAAAUAUAACAAGCAGAAUGAACUGACGUUCCGUGAAUGGCUUCAGAAACGUGUGCCAUUUCAUUUUCUCCUUCGCAUACUCGGAUUAGGUUCGGACGACAAACGUUGCUUGCUCUGUGGCGUGCGAGAAUAUUCUAGAAGUUCACACAGAGAACUGAUAAGGUGUACUACGAACAAAUGCCCCGGAACAUAUUGUCAGAGCUGCUAUGUGGAUAUCGGCUGUCUAUGCACUGCGUGUCUACUGCCGGAAGACUAUGGCGAUCUUAGCGACAGGUUCCGACGAGAACUACAUCACUAAUGAUUCAGAAGACGAUUUUGUAUUUAAUGAUUGUAGAAAGGAGAAACAAAAUGAAGAAGAAAUAAAAUAAGUUGAUAAUUAAUAUUCUUACUAAUUAAUUUUGAGAGUAAAUUUAAUUAAUUAAACAGUUGAGUAAUAAGUGAAUUGAUAUUGUUGAUAUAUAAAUGUGAUAUUAAAAUUAUUCAUACAAA